UUCGCCUCCAACGCCAUUACCAGUACUACCUCAUCUCCUAGCUCAACCUUUCUAGCUCCUAUUAAGUAAAAAAUGGCAGAUCAUGGUCAUUCAUCACUUCCUUUUGCACCCAGCAAAAUACACCAGAGAAGCGACGAAGAGAUUGCCACGUUCAAAGCACUUAGAAAAGAACGAAGUGGCAAGUGUUUCGUUUAUGUCUUUGCUGGUAUAGUCAUCUUGUUCCUCUUCACAUUGGUAUUUGCCUUAAUCGUGUUACGUUUUAGAUUUCCCGACGUGAAUUUGAGUUCGGUCGCAGUGAAAAAUCUUAGGUUGUCUAACGUCGGCACUGCAUCAUCGUCUAAUUCUUCGUUUAGUGCCACUUUGGUCGCCGAGGUGACUAUCAAGAACACGAAUUUUGGCCGGUUUAAUUUCGAGAACAGCACGAUGAGUGUGCUGUAUGGAGGCAUGAAUGUUGGCGAUAUUCGAAUAGGCCGUUGGAGUGUUAAAGCCAGAGAGACCCGGAAGAUGAAUGUUGCAGUGGAAGUAAGAUCCAACAGGCUGUCAGAUACGAAGAACCUUAGUAGUGAUAUGAUGUCUGGGAUGUUGAAACUGAACAGCUAUGCCAGCUUGAGUGGUAGAGUGAAUUUACUGAAUAUUAUUAAGAAGAGAAAGAUCGCAGAAAUGAACUGCACCAUGACUCUUAAAUUGACGGGCGGUGCAAUCGAGGAUCUUCAAUGCUAGGAAUGUGAAGGUUUUGUGGAUUUUUUGUUCCUAUUUUCUGCAUGAUGUUUGUAUUGAAAUCGAGUUGUUUAUAGCUAGGAGUCGUCUUCUGAUUAAUUGAGCUUCAUGUUCAAGUCAUGAUUAUUUGUUUACCAAUCCCAUACUGUUAUAGCUAGUUUGGUACUUCUGAA